CCCAAUAAGGCUCAACACAUUCCUUCGCUUCUGCCAUUUGGUUCGAAAGCACUCUUUCGCAUUUCCACGUACAUUGGUCGAGACACAACUCCAAGAUACAACAUGAAGGUAGCGAUUCUGAUGGUGGCCCUUGUGGUCCUUCAAGGCACUGAUGCCUUUUUAAGAUCCCGUGGUGGCCGUAUAACUAGUUCCUCACCGUCAGCUGGGUCAUCGCCAACCCGAACCGGAUCUUCAACAGGUGGCACGUCGACGAACUCGGGUCCAAGCACUGGCAGAAGACCUGUCCUUCCUGGCCCAAGCACCGGAGGAUCCACGCGUCCUAAGCUCCCAGGCAGUCUCCCAUCAGGAACCACUGGCACAAGGAAUGGUCAGACAACAGCAACGAAGAAGCUGAUGGGCGAUGACGUCAAGACGCGCCUUCCAACAGACGAACCGAAGUUACCAACAGAAACUACCCCACGAAGACCAGAUAUUCCUGGAGCAGAAAAAAGUAAGCUUAACCAGGCUCUGGAAACCAUGAAGCAGUACAAAGAUGUCAUCAUUGAGGGAGUUUUAUCGGCGGCUGCAGAGAGCGCCGCCGCGUUGGCAUUCGAUGCCAUCGUGGGAUCAUGGCAGUCAUCGAAUGAGGAGGGCGCUGCCGUUCAGGAGACUCCUUCCGGUGAGACGGUGCCAGCUGAGCUCACCAAUGAAUGCACAGAUGAAGAGGGGGCGGAAAUCAUCAUGGUGGCGACCAGAGAGCUACUCGAUGCUGGCUUGGACCCGGAGUCUGCAGAAGGGAAGCAGUACAUCCAAGAUAUACUUGCUUUUGAUUGCGCGCAGAACACGGCGAGGCGAUAGACGAAUCAGACGUCAUCUUCGUCCUUCCUCGAUUAUUUCUGGAUUGGUAUGAAGAUCUUAAUGUUAACUGAGUGGCUUCAUCAACUUUAGACAGUCCUCGCCAAAGUCUGAUAUGUAUAACAUCUUGACAAUUUAAAGAAUAAACUUGUGUAUCAA